CCAGUCCUUACGACGCAACUAUGGGCACCUAGCCAAACCCCCCUCCUCCCCUCUUCUUCCGACGUUCUCUACGCUCUUUUCGUGUCUAAUCUGCUCGGUUCUUUGUCUCCGUCUCUGAUCCAGCAACGAACCACUCUCGUCCCGCCGAAUCGAACUUGCUCCGAACUUUCCGCCUUCCUUACGCGACACACAUCAUCCCCACCCAAAGACACAGACACAGACACAACACAGACACAACACACACACACACACACACACACACGCACGCACACACACACGCAAACACGAUGCGCCUCGCCGUGUACGCCGGCACCUCGGCGGCGCUGGCUGCAGCUGUCGUCACGUCGGCUUUUUGGCAGCGGGCCAACUUUUACUCGGCCAUGGUGUACCUCUCGCAGUCGAACCUGUGCCUGAUGAUUCUUGUCAACCUCGUCUUCCUCGCGUACGGCUCCUUCAUGUACGGCCUCCAGCGCCUGUGCUUUGGCACCCUCCGCCCCGUCGAGGUGGAGCAGCUGUACGAGAAGGCGUGGUUUGCCGUGACGGAGACGUGCCUGGCCAUGACCGUGUUCCGCGAGGAGGUCGGCGCCUUCUUCCUCGUCAUGUUCACCGCCCUCAUCACGGGCAAGGUCUGGGGCUGGAUUGGCGAGGGCCGCGUCGAGGUGCUCGAGCAGCAGCCGCCCGCUAACCCGCGCCUGUUCCACACCCGCCUGGUCGUGUCGCUGGCCGCGAGCGUCGCCUACAACUGCUGGCUGCUGAGCUACUCCAUCCACACCGUCAUCGCCGUCGCCAAGCCCACCAUGAUGGUCAUGUUCCUGUUCGAGUUCGCCGUCCUCGUCGUCGGCUCCCUACACACCGCCCUGCGCUACGUCAUCUCGCUCGUCGAGGCCAGCGUCGUCAGGAAGCAGACCAGGCUCCGGCUGCGCCAGAGGAGGGACGAGGUCCGCCGCGAGAGGGACGACAUCCUGCGGAGGAGGGAGUCUGGCGAGUUAGAAGAGGGCGAGGGUGAUCCUCUGCCCGACCCGGAUGAAGUCGAGGAGAUGGACAUUGAGGUUCCAGGGUGGGAGGCCAAGGGGCAGUGGGUCUUGUUCCUGGACCUUUUUGCCGACUUCCUCAAGCUCUCAGUCUACGUUGCCUUCUUCGGCGUCCUUCUCAGGUUCUACGGUCUGCCGAUUCACAUCAUGCGAGAUCUCUUCAUGACCGCGAGGAGCUUCGUCAAGCGCCUGAGUGCGCUCCUAAAGUACAAACAGGCACUGAGGGACAUGAACCGGUACCCCGACGCCAGCCAGGACGAGCUCGGACACGAGGACACGUGCAUCAUCUGCCGGGAGGAGAUGCGGCCCUGGGACCCCAACGCCGGACAGCUCGAGAGACACCGACCCAAGAAGCUUCCCUGCGGCCACAUCUUGCAUUUUGGCUGCCUCAAGAGCUGGCUGGAGCGACAACAGGUCUGCCCAACGUGCCGCAGUUCUGUCGUCGCUGAUCAGCAGCGUCCACCAUAUCGGCACCGGAUGGCCUUCCACAUCGCCCCGAACAAUGGGCAGCAGAACGAGGCCGGAGCGGCAGCAGCAGAAAACGGACCACCCCUCGGCGUGCAGGGUGCACAGCUUAACGGGCAGGCCGGGCAGGGAGGCCCACAGCAGCCUGCAGCGCCCAGGAACGCCAUGAGAUACAUCAACCUUGGACCGAUCCGCCUAGGGUUUGCGCAGGGUGGACAGGAGGUCGCAGAGCUCGCGAACCGCAUGGGCGUCGAGAUAAAUGAGGCCAACCUACGACGCGUUAUACCGCAGGCAAACAACCCCCCAGUGGCCGCCCAAACCGCGGACCUCUCAUCCAUGGAGGCUGUCCGGAAUAGGCUCUUGGAGGUCGAUCAGAGAAUCCAACAAGAGGUUCGCGACCUACAGAAUGGCAUGCAGAAUGUCCAGGCGGCCCAGCAUGAGCUUCACCUGAUCAACCAUCUUCUAUCUGAGAUCCUGCGCCUGCGACAGCAAUCACAACAGCAACAAGGCACCUCUUCAGUCCAGAAUGGCCAAACGGCACCAACACCCGCCGCGGCUCAACCUCCUGCUGGCAGUAGCGCCGCGGGGCAAAUUCCUCCUCCUGUUCCUCCUCCUCCGAUGCUCCCAUACGCUCCCCUCGCUCAAUAUCCUCUCCCGCCUUUCCAACCUCCCGCUGCUGGCCCUCAUUUCAACUUCAGAAUGGGCUCGAGCUCACCACCCCAUGCCAUCCGUCACAGCAUACCACCAAGUGGUACCACUAUCCCAGCUGGCAGCCCGGACCUCCCUGAGGGCGUCGUCCUCCCUCAAGGAUGGUCUCUCCUUCCCCUUCAACGCCUGGAGCAGGCUGCGAUACCUCCUAAUCUCCAGGCUGUUCUACAUCCCAGCGUGCGAGUGAACAACCAGGACCCGGCGCAGCACUCCUCUGCCGCACCGUCUCAGGGAUCCGGCCCUACCGAGGCAUCCGCUACAGCAGGCGAACACGGUGCUCCUGCUUCUGCUGCUGCUGCUCCUGCUCCUAGCCAAGAUGCGCCUGAGGCUGUGAUGUCUACUACACCAGCACAGGCACCGGUAGUCCAAGUCGCAGCGCCCACACCGGUGCUGCCUAACUGGGGUGGGCCAGCGCAGCUCUUCAGCAGCAGUGGCGCAAACGGCAGCAGCGGAUCACUCGUUACGGGCAUCCAAUCCCAGGACGACAAUGGGACCCCAGCCGCCGCUCACGAGGAGGAAACCGUGGAGAACGAGGGUGGCUCUUCAUCAUCAGCCGCAGCAACAAGGGGUAAGGGCCCGGUGGCAGCCACUGCGGAGGAUGUGGACGAUGAUGAUGAGUCUUGAGAGAGAGACAGAGAGAGAGAGAGAGAGAGAAGUGGGCCCGGCUGGGCAGGAUUGGCUGUGAGAGAGACUGUGUUUGUGUAUUAUGGAAAUAAUCAUCUCCUUCAUAAGCGAUAGCGACACUAGGGGCGAAUACCAAUUCAUGGAGCAUCUUUUCUUCAUC